AACUUGGAAUGAUUAGUUUGAUGAGAUACUAAAAUUGAUGGGAAUUAGAGUUGCGAGUGAGACGUCGUAUUGCUGUGCUAUCUGUGCUUUGACGUGGCACCGCCGCCAUCUUGUUUUGCCUGCUUGGCAGCAGCACAUCAAGCACUUCUUCUUCUCAGCACUUUGGCUCCUUUUCAGCCGCAUUCGAGCCUUCAUUUCGCACGCACACCUUGGAGAGGACACAGCGGCUGCGUUGCCAUGGCAACGUUCGCAGAGUACAUGGCGCAGAACGAGGAGCGUGACGGCGUGCGCUUCAGCUGGAACGUGUGGCCGUCCAGCCGCCUGGAGGCCACCCGCAUGGUGGUUCCGGUGGCGGCUCUCUUCACGCCGCUCAAGGAGCGCCCGGACCUGCCGCCCAUCCAGUACGAACCGGUUCUGUGCAGCCGAGCCACCUGCCGCGCCGUGCUCAACCCGCUCUGCCAGGUGGACUACCGGGCUAAGCUGUGGGCGUGUAACUUCUGCUACCAGAGGAACCAGUUCCCGCCGUCCUACUCCGGAAUCUCAGAAGUCAACCAACCGGCCGAGCUGCUUCCUCAGUUCUCCACCAUCGAGUACGUGGUCCAGCGCGGCCCGCUCAUGCCGCUGGUCUUCCUCUACGUGGUGGACACCUGCAUGGACGACGAGGACCUGCAGGCCUUGAAGGAGUCCCUGCAGAUGUCCUUGUCCCUCCUGCCGCCCACGGCCCUGGUCGGCCUCAUCACCUUGGGCCGCAUCAUCCACGUGCAUGAGCUGGGCUGUGAGGGCGUGUCCAAGAGUUACGUCUUCAAAGGCACCAAAGACCUGAGCGCCAAACAGCUGCAGGAGUUUCUGGGUCUGAGCAAAGCCGUGGCGUCUCAGGGACGAGGACCUCAACCUGCCCAACAGCCGCAGUCCAACAGAUUCCUGCAGCCGCUCCAAAAAGUGGACAUGAACUUGACGGACCUUCUGGGGGAUGUUCAGAGAGACUGUUGGCCCGUGGUCCAGGGCCGGCGUCCUCUGCGCUCGCUGGGCGUGGCCAUGUCCAUCGCUGUGGGCCUGCUGGAGUGCGCCUUUCCCAACACGGGUGCUCGCAUCAUGACCUUCGUCGGGGGUCCAGCCACGCAGGGUCCCGGCAUGGUGGUGGGAGACGAUCUGAAGACACCCAUCAGGUCUUGGCAUGACAUCGAAAAAGAUAAUGCCAAGUUCAUGAAGAAGGCCUCCAAGCAUUACGAAGCGUUGGCCAACAGGGCAUCUGCUAACGGUCAUGUGAUGGACAUCUAUGCGUGUGCACUUGACCAGACUGGACUUCUGGAGAUGAAGUGCUGCGCCAACAACACAGGAGGCUACAUGGUGAUGGCUGACUCCUUCAACACGUCGUUGUUCAAACAAACCUUCCAAAGAGUUUUCACCAAAGACGUUCAGGGCUGCUUCAAGAUGGCCUUCGGCGCCACGCUGGAAGUCAAGACGUCCAGAGAGAUCAAAGUGUCCGGUGCCAUCGGACCCUGCGUGUCCCUCCAUGCCAAAGGACCCUGCGUCUCUGAAAACGAGAUCGGCUGUGGUGGAAGCUGUCAAUGGAAGAUGUGCGCCUUGGACCCCAGCACCACCGUGGCGCUGUACUUUGAGGUGGUCAAUCAGCACAAUGCACCCAUCCCCCAAGGAGGUCGUGGAGCUCUACAGUUUGUCACCCACUACCAACACUCGUCAGGACUAAGACGCAUCCGAGUGUCCACCAUCGCCAGGAACUGGGCGGACGCUCAGACUCAGAUCCAGACCAUCGCUGCCUCCUUUGAUCAAGAGGCGGCCGCCAUCUUGAUGGCCAGGCUGGCGGUGUAUCGUGCAGAGACGGAGGAGGGGCCAGAUGUUCUCAGGUGGUUGGACCGACAACUCAUCAGACUGUGCCAGAAGUUUGGAGAUUACCACAAAGACGACCCCAACUCCUUCAGGUUCUCAGAGACCUUCUCCUUGUACCCCCAGUUCAUGUUCCACCUGAGGCGCUCGCCCUUCCUGCAGGUGUUCAACAACAGUCCAGACGAGAGUUCCUACUACCGACACCAGUUCAACCGCCAGGACCUGACCCAGGCGCUCAUCAUGAUCCAGCCUGUGCUCUACGCCUACUCCUUCAAUGGUCCACCAGAGCCCGUCUUGUUGGACAGCAGCAGCAUCCUUCCAGACCGCAUCCUGCUCAUGGACACCUUCUUCCAGAUCCUCAUCUACCACGGAGAGACGGUGUCCCAGUGGAGGAAGGCGGGCUACCAGGACAUGUCUGAGUACGACAACUUCCGACACCUUCUUCAGGCCCCAGUGGACGACGCCCAGGAACUGUUGCACGCUCGCUUCCCCAUGCCCAGGCUCGCUUCCUGCUGUCCAAGGUGAAUCCGUCACAGACACACAACAACAUGUAUGCGUGGGGGGGCCAGGAGGCGGGGUCUGCCAUCCUGACAGAUGAUGUCAGCCUGCAGGUGUUCAUGGACCACCUGAAGAAGCUGGCCGUGUCCAGCGCCGCCUGACCACCUCCAUCCAUCCAUGGAUGAUGAUGUCAUCCUGCAGGUGUUCAUGGACCAGCUGAAAAAUCUGCCACCUUCAUCCAUCCAUGGAUGAUGAUGUCAUCCUGCAGGUGUUCAUGGACCACCUAAAGAAGCUGCCACCUUCAUCCAUGGAUGAUGAUGUCAGCCUGCAGGUGUUAAUGGACCAACUGAAGAAGCUGCCACCUUCAUCCAUCCAUGGAUGAUGUCAGCCUGCAGGUGUUCAUGGACCACCUGAAGAAGCUGCCACCUUCAUUCAUCCAUGGAUGACUAUGUCAGCCUGCAGGUGUUCAUGGACCACCUGAAGAAGCUGCCACCUUCAUCCAUGGAUGGAUGUUGAUGUCAUCCUGCAGGUGUUCAUGGACCACCUGAAGAAGCUGCCACCUUCAUCCAUCCGUGGAUGAUGAUGUCAUCCUGCAGGUGUUCAUGGACCACCUGAAGAAGUUGCCACCUUCAUCCAUCCAUGGAUGAUGAUGUCAGCCAGCAGGUGUUCAUGGACCACCUGAAGAAGCUGCCACCUUCAUCCAUCCAUGGAUGAUGAUGUCAUCCUGCAGGUGUUCAUGGACCAACUGAAGAAGCUGCCACCUUCAUCCAUCCAUGGAUGAUGAUGUCAGCCUGCAGGUGUUCAUGGACCACCUGAAGAAGCUGCCACCUUCAUCCAUGGAUGGAUGUUGAUGUCAUCCUGCAGGUGUUCAUGGACCACUUGAAGAAGCUGCCACCUUCAUCCAUUCGUGGAUGAUAAUGUCAUCCUGCAGGUGCUCAUGGACCACCUGAAGAAGCUGCCACCUUCAUCCAUCCAUGGAUGAUGAUGUCAUCCUGCAGGUGUUCAUGGACCACCUGAAGAAGCUGCCACCUACAUCCAUCCAUGGAUGAUGAUGUCAGCCUGCAGGUGUUCAUGGACCACCUGAAGAAGCUGCCACCUUCAUCCAUUAAUGGAUGACGAUGUCAGCCUGCAGGUGUUCAUGGACCACCUGAAGAAGCUGCCACCUUCAUCCAUUAAUGGAUGACGAUGUCAGCCUGCAGGUGUUCGUGGACCACCUGAAGAAGCUGCCACCUUCAUCCAUCCGUGGAUGAUGAUGUCAUCCUGCAGGUGUUCAUGGACCACCUGAAGAAGUUGCCACCUUCAUCCAUCCAUGGAUGAUGAUGUCAGCCAGCAGGUGUUCAUGGACCACCUGAAGAAGCUGCCACCUUCAUCCAUCCAUGGAUGAUGUCAUCCUGCAGGUGUUCAUGGACCAACUGAAGAAGCUGCCACCUUCAUCCAUCCAUGGAUGAUGAUGUCAGCCUGCAGGUGUUCAUGGACCACCUGAAGAAGCUGCCACCUUCAUCCAUGGAUGGAUGUUGAUGUCAUCCUGCAGGUGUUCAUGGACCACUUGAAGAAGCUGCCACCUUCAUCCAUUCGUGGAUGAUAAUGUCAUCCUGCAGGUGCUCAUGGACCACCUGAAGAAGCUGCCACCUUCAUCCAUCCAUGGAUGAUGAUGUCAUCCUGCAGGUGUUCAUGGACCACCUGAAGAAGCUGCCACCUUCAUCCAUUAAUGGAUGACGAUGUCAGCCUGCAGGUGUUCGUGGACCACCUGAAGAAGCUGCCACCUUCAUCCAUGGAUGGAUGUUGAUGUCAUCCUGCAGGUGUUCAUGGACCACCUGAAGAAGCUGCCACCUUCAUCCAUGGAUGGAUGAUGAUGUCAUCCUGCAGGUGUUCAUGGACCACCUGAAGAAGCUGCCACCUACAUCCAUCCAUGGAUGAUGAUGUCAGCCUGCAGGUGUUCAUGGACCACCUGAAGAAGCUGCCACCUUCAUCCAUUAAUGGAUGACGAUGUCAGCCUGCAGGUGUUCAUGGACCACCUGAAGAAGCUGCCACCUUCAUCCAUUAAUGGAUGACGAUGUCAGCCUGCAGGUGUUCGUGGACCACCUGAAGAAGCUGCCACCUUCAUCCAUGGAUGGAUGUUGAUGUCAUCCUGCAGGUGUUCAUGGACCACCUGAAGAAGCUGCCACCUUCAUCCAUCCAUGGAUGAUGAUGUCAUCCUGCAGGUGCUCAUGGACCACCUGAAGAAGCUGCCACCUUCAUCCAUUCAUGGAUGAUAAUGUCAUCCUGCAGGUGCUCAUGGACCACCUGAAGAAGCUGCCACCUUCAUCCAUCCAUGGAUGAUGAUGUCAGCCUGCAGGUGUUCAUGGACCACCUGAAGAAGCUGCCACCUUCAUCCAUGGAUGGAUGUUGAUGUCAUCCUGCAGGUGUUCAUGGACCACUUGAAGAAGCUGCCACCUUCAUCCAUUCAUGGAUGAUGAUGUCAUCCUGCAGGUGCUCAUGGACCACCUGAAGAAGCUGCCACCUUCAUCCAUCCAUGGAUGAUGAUGUCAGCCUGCAGGUGUUCAUGGACCACCUGAAGAAGCUGCCACCUUCAUCCAUGGAUGGAUGUUGAUGUCAUCCUGCAGGUGUUCAUGGACCACUUGAAGAAGCUGCCACCUUCAUCCAUCCAUGGAUGAUGAUGUCAGCCUGCAGGUGUUCAUGGACCACCUGAAGAAGCUGCCACCUUCAUCCAUCCAUGGAUGAUGAUGUCAACCUGCAGGUGUUCAUGGACCACCUGAAAAAGCUGCCACCUUCAUCCAUGGAUGAUGAUGUCAGCCUGCAGGUGUUCAUGGACCACCUGAAGAAGCUGCCACCUUCAUCCAUUAAUGGAUGACGAUGUCAGCCUGCAGGUGUUCAUGGACCACCUGAAGAAGCUGCCACCUUCAUCCAUGGAUGGAUGUUGAUGUCAUCCUGCAGGUGUUCAUGGACCACCUGAAGAAGCUGCCACCUUCAUCCAUCCAUGGAUGAUGAUGUCAACCUGCAGGUGUUCAUGGACCACCUGAAAAAGCUGCCACCUUCAUCCAUGGAUGAUGAUGUCAGCCGGCAGGUGUUCAUGGACCACCUAAAAAAGCUGCCACCUUCAUCCAUCCAUCUGCUGGUCACACGUGACCCAUCCACCACUGGCGGCCAUCUUCUUUUCAUCCUUUUUCUUGUCAAACUUUUGUCUCUGCCCGUGUUGCAAUGGUGAUAUCGGACCUCCCUGAGGGUUGCCAUGGUAACGGUACAGUCAUGUGACCAGACAAAGUGUGGCUCGUAGAUAAGACAAGGAUCAGGAAGGGACCCUCCAAAAUAAAAAUCAUGUAUGUCGUUACUAUGACAACAGCACAAUAUCCCUCCCACAUACUUCUCACUUCCUGUCAUUCUUUAAACACUUCCUGCAGGAAACAGAAAGUGUCUGGGUCUCCAUGCCAACCAGCGUAUGUGUGUGUGUGUAGAAUGUGUCUGACACACACACACACGUCCUAACAGUAUUUAUCCUGUAUGUGUGUGUUUAUGACACACACACAUGGCAUGUCAACAACAACAAAUGUACAAAUUGUAUUCUUACUACUUUCAAGUGUCCACUUGGAAAGAAAAUAUGGCAGCGGAAGGAAAGGCGGAAGUCAUGUGACUAAAUAAAUGACCACAACACA